AAAGAUAUACACUGCAAUUCUGUAUAAUUCUGUGCAAUUCAUCAGCACUCUUGUUAAUAAUGCAGAAAACUAAACCCAAACCUCCAGUAUUGCCCACCCAGUAUGGUCUUGCUGCAGCCGUUUCAUCUGCUAUAGUCAUGUUUAAUUAUGGUCCGCCAAACCAACGCAACUGUUUGUCCAAACCCAUCAAAUAUCAGCCUCCUCUUCUCUCAGUCACUCCAAGUCUUGAUGGAACCAUAUCAGAUCUUGCAUGGAGUCCGGAUGGGAAGACCGUUGCUGCAGUCACUGAGAGAGGCAUUUCCCUUUAUGAUCAUCUUGGAUCGGCAGUGGAUUUCAUUGACCCACCCAACAGCAACGAGUUGAUACGAGCCUGUUCGUUUGGAUGGAAAUCAUCCAGAUAUUUAUAUUUUGGUGGGAGUGACCGUAUUGUUCAUGUGUGGGACCGUAAAGACAGCAAGCUUGUUUCUAGCACAGCGCCUUUGGAUAGUUCUGUCAAUUGCAUUGCUCUGUCCGCAGACGAUGGUAAAUUGGCUGUUGGAUCCGUAUCUGGCUCGCUUCUUGUACAAUCGCUUAAACACAAUACUUCUGGAAAACUUUCGACUCCUUUUGUUGCUAGUGUCAAUCAAUUGGCUUUUUAUCCUUUUAAAAAAUCGGUAAUGGCUGCUGCAAGUGAUGAUGGAACAGUCGCUCUUUGGGAUGUAAAUCAUAAAACGGAUCCUUUUCAGGUAAAAAAAGGUGCUCAUAGUGCUCCCAUUCAAGGUCUUGCGUUUGCUCCUUGCAACAAGAAUUUUUAUUGUACAGUUGGACUAGAUAAGCAACUUCGAUUUCAUGAUAUUCAGCAAUCUUCUUCAUCCAGCAUUCUUCAAUCAUAUGAGGCGGACGGACCUUUAAUGAGUGUAUCUAUAAAUGAUGAUCAUAUUGUAGCUAUAGGCACAUCAAAUGGAACCGUGUUGGUUUAUGACGUUCGUAUGAAGGCUGUCAUUCACAAAUUUGAUACCUUGACUGAACAGAGUGUUUCUCGCAUUCGCUUCCAGCCUCCUAGGUGGGCAAUCGAUGUGGCAUCAAAAGAACCAGCGAUAUUGCCUAAAAAUAUUCAAUCGGCACCACAUGACCAGCGAAAAGACUCUACCAAACCUGCUAUUUCGUUUGAAGAUCCAAUGGCUAUGUUCAGUCCAGUUAAUAACAACAAGGUAUCUAAACGUCAUAGUCAAGAUCUCCGCAAGGCUCUAUUAAAAACAAAUGCGUUUUCUGGAUCUUUGAACUCUGUUUCCGAUAAAUCUCAGAUCAAAGAGUUGAAGCAAUCGUCAGAUAUUGCUCAUUCGGUUUCUAGCAAUGAAAAACCAAUUUCACGAAUGCAAUCAACUCAGAUGCAUGACGAUGAAUCCCCGUUUGUUGUACCCACUACAGAUAAAUCAGCCUUAUCUACAAAUAAUCGUGCUGGUCAUUUGCAUGAAAACCCGAAACCAGAUUUCAAAAUCGAGCAAUUACCCUUUGAAGACUCUGCACUUGAUAGUACUACUUUAGAUUACUCGAAAACACCAACAGCUGCUUUUUCUACACGAACAUUAAACAGUGCCUUGUCUAGCGCUGCAACAUCUGUAGUUAGUGCAUAUCCUGUGGCCAGUGCAGAAAACCCCGAUCGUCCUAUAAUUCCGCCACCUCUUUCUGUAGAUGCUGACAGUAUUUUGACUACUACGCCUGCAUCCAAUUACAGCAACAUGACCAACCGUCUUACUUUGACAGCCACUGAUCCUGCAUUAUCAAGUUAUACUGCCAGUAGCACCACUUCAACUGUAAGAACACAUGCGGGGUUAACAUCUAAACUACCAUUAGAUUUUACUGAAGCUCCCCAACAGCGUGAAAUCAUCCCUAGUGUUGUGGAUGAGCUUGUAAAGAAUGAUGUGGCCAUCAAUACGGAUAGCAUUGCUAAGCAUAUGGGUCUAUCGACUUCACAUGAAACCAAGCCGGCCUUUACAGCCGUCUCAAAAGUCCCUGAUGGCAGUUUAUCGAUAGAUAAUACUUCUAUACAAUAUAGAUUAUUGCGUAGCGUUGUAGAAGAAUGUCUACAUGAGCAUCGCCAGCAAACGCGAGCUAAUAUACAGAAUAUGCAUCUUGAAUUAAUUCGGCAGUUUCAGUUGCAAGAGGGCUAUAUUUCCGAAUUAUUACAAUGUGAAUCGCCAAUGGCGAGUAUGAUGAAGGAACUUGCUCAACUCCGCCUAGAAAAUCAGCAACUUCGUAAUCUACUUGCUAGAUCUCCAGAUUCAAUCACUUUGCAAACCCAUCUGGGCUGAUUUAUCCCAUAUUAGUUAUUUAUUGUGCUGGGUCGGGUCUUGUUUUAUGAAAUUUACAUAAUAUAUGUUUUUAUUUCU